ACUCACUUUUUGUUGACAACAACCUUUUACUUCUUUAACAUCAUACCUGAUUCAACUCACCUGAUCACAGUAAUUUUUGGUUAUCUGGAUAGACCUUUAACUUGUGUAUAAAUCACCUCUAAAUUGUUAAUAUUGGAAAACCACCUAGAUUGUUGUCUCUAGUUAAUCAUCAAGAUGAACAUAAGCAUAACCGAUAUCUGUGAAAACACUAAAAUGGGUAGAGAGUUUGCUCUUCUUGGAAAUUAUGAAACUUCAUUGGUGUAUUAUCAAGGAGUUGUUCAACAAAUUCACAGAUUACUUCAAACUAUCAGUGAUCCUAUUAGAAAAGAAAGGUGGCAAGAGAUUCAACAAAAGAUUGCUGAAGAAUACGGUUAUGUCAAAGAUAUUCAAAGUCUAUUAGUUGGAUUUAGAGGUGAUCAUCACAAUAACCGUGUUGUUGGACCCAUUCGUCAAACAUCUCCAGCUUUUACUCUACCUGACCCUGACCCUGAUAUCUUUUGGCCCUUGGGCAGUAUUAACAACUCACCGCGAGAUGCUGACGUUUGGGCUCCACCACCAGACCCAAAGCCUGGCUCAAAUGCCAAAAAUUCUAGGGCAUCUAAAAGUACUUCAAGUAAAAUGACCUCUUCGGCUCGAACUCCAACGAAUAAAAGUAUUUCAGCCAAAAAGACAAGCAAUAGUGAUGGACGCAGCACAAGUAAAACUAAUAGUAGCUCACAAGGAACCAGUGAAGGCGGCCCUAAAAAGAAAGGAACUUCAGCGGGUAAAGAGGAAGCUGAAAAUCUAGCAGAAAAGAAAUUCGAGAUUCAUGGCCCUGAUGCUGAACUUGUAGACAUGUUAGAACGUGAUAUUCUUCAGAAAAAUCCAAAUAUUAAAUGGGAUGACAUUGCAGAUCUACAUGAUGCCAAAAGAUUACUUGAAGAGGCAGUUGUGCUUCCCAUGUUAUUACCCGACUUUUUCAAAGGAAUAAGACGUCCAUGGAAAGGUGUUUUGAUGGUGGGACCACCUGGAACUGGUAAAACGAUGUUAGCUAAAGCUGUUGCAACAGAGUGUGGUACCACUUUUUUCAAUGUUUCAUCUUCAACAUUGACUUCAAAGUAUCGGGGUGAAUCAGAAAAAUUGGUUCGCAUUUUAUUUGAAAUGGCAAGAUUUUAUGCUCCAAGUACUAUCUUUGUCGAUGAAAUCGAUUCACUUUGCUCAAGACGUGGAUCAGAUACCGAACAUGAAGCAAGUCGUCGUGUUAAAUCAGAGCUACUCAUUCAAAUGGAUGGUAUAACUAAUAAUGAAGAUCCAGCCAAAGUGGUCAUGGUUUUAGCAGCUACCAAUUUUCCUUGGGACAUUGAUGAAGCUUUGAGGCGUCGUUUAGAGAAGAGAAUUUAUAUUCCAUUACCCAACAAAGAAGGACGUGAAGCCUUACUCAAAAUCAACUUACGUGAAGUUGAAAAAUCUCCUGAUCUAGAUAUUAGUGAUAUUUCUAUACAAUUGGAUGGCUAUUCAGGAGCUGAUAUUACCAAUGUUUGUCGUGAUGCAUGCAUGAUGGCUAUGAGGAGGAAAAUUGCCGGUUUGACUCCUGAGCAAAUUAGAAAUUUAUCCAAAGAUGAGCUUGAAUUACCCGUCAGUCCGGGUGAUUUUUAUGAGGCAAUAAGAAAAGUAAAUAAAUCAGUUUCCGAGGAAGAUUUAAUGAAAUAUGAAAAAUGGAUGGCUGAAUUUGGUUCAACUUGAUUUAAGUUAAUGUUACCACAAAACAUAAUGAUGAAUAUAUCAAGCCUUUCAAAUCGCUCUUAAAUUUAAUUCCACCAUUUCCCGGUUCAGAACCUUUAGUUUAUUUCUACAACUAUGGAAUAAACAUCUUGUCAUACAAUCUGGAUUUAGAUGCACUUGUUAAGGUAACUCUGUAAAUACCCAAAGUUUUAUUUUUUUCAAAUUACCAAUGUUAAUUGGUGAAAUAGUUGAUUUUAUCCAAAUGAAAUACUUUAACACUUAAAUUUGUUGAAUUUAAUCUUUCAUAAUAUUUUAUAUUUUUAAUGCCAUUUGACUAAUUCGUCCUAUUCUAUGCCUAAAAGAAACAACAUGUCAAUUUAAUAAUACUUAAGUGAAACCCAAUCAAUCAAACACAACUCUUUACUGACUCAACUCAUAAUCUGACAAUUCCUACCUGUGCACUUACAUUUAAUUAUUUUGAAGCAAUCUUUAAUUCUAAGUAAUUUUAACAUGUUGACAGUGAAACGAAAAUAAAAUUUACCUUGUUAUUAUCGAAAAAACUCUUUCAUUAUCAAAUGUAACCAUUCUGGUUAAUCAAUUUUCUUUAUAAAAUAGAUUAUGUAUUGUUUAAUAUUUGAAUCAUGGGAAUAAAAACUGAUAGGAAAUCAUAAA